CUCAGAUUGUUCUCUGUUUCAAGGAACAAUGGAUUUAUUAUAACCUAAAAGGAAAUACAGCGGGAGCAGCAACUACUAUGACAGAUGGAAAGUCCCUCCUUUGAUCCAAGCCCUCAUUUGCCGGGAAGUCCAAUUUACUAUCCACCAACCAAUGACUUUUGACAUAUCUAUGAAGCUUGGUCAACAGUGCUUGAUGGACAAUAACACAUGUGGUGCUGCGAAGAACCCAAACCAAUCUGGCUGCAGAGUUAUAGGUUUUAUUCUGUUGGCUCGAGGGGCAAUGAUAGUGACGAACUGUGACCGACUCUUUGGGAAGUUCAGGGAUAACUCUACUCUCUCUUUAGAACUUUAACGAAGAAGAAGAACGCAGCGGCGCCUUAAGUCACCGCAGAUGGGUCAGAUUGUUUUACUAUAAGGCCUUGCUCACUUGGUGGCGCUAACGACGGAGAAGAUCUCUAUAACGUCAUGAGAAGGUUCAGGUUUUAACAUUCCACUUCCUCGGCGAGACUCUUAUUCAAUGUCACUUACUGGUAUGAUCCCA